AUGUGGCCGCUAGUGCCCGUGGCAGUGGUGGCAGUGGGAGGCGCAUGGGCCUAUUGGGCUCAGACCAGCUCUCCAAGGGAGUGGGAGGAGGGGCGGCGCAAGGGAAUCGUGCCCUUCUUAAAGCCAAAGUCAUAUUAUGAUUCGAAGGGAGUCAAGAGCGUGGAGGUGUACUAUCGCAACAGCAGAGGCGUCGAGAUCUUCACAAAGCGAUGGCAGCCGUUGGAUGGGGUGGUGAAAGGAAUCGUGGUGUACUGCCAUGGCUAUGGCGACACAUGCACAUACCACUUUGAUGCCGUGGCAGUGAGCAUGGCACAGCAGCAGUACCUGGUGUAUGGCAUGGACUACGAGGGCCAUGGGUGCUCCCAGGGCCUGCAUGCAUACAUCCCCCGCUUCGACACCAUCAUAGACGAUGUGGUUGAGUUCACCGACGCGCUAAGAGCCUCGCCUGCCCUCUCAUCCCUCCCCGUCUUCCUGUACGGCGAGUCAAUGGGCGGCGCAGUGGCCAUCAAGACGCACUGGCGCCGCCCAGACGCCUUUCGAGGAGCCGUCCUACUGUCACCCAUGUGCAAGAUAGCAGAGGAGUUGAUGCCUCCCCCAAUGGUGGUAUCAGCAUUCCUGGCUCUCAACAGCGUCAUUCCCAAGGUCAAGAUGGUUCCAGGAAAGGACAUCAGCGACAUUGGCAUGAGAGACCUUGCCAACCGGAAGCGGGCGAAGGAUAACCCAAUGUCCAUCAGGGGCCCUGCUCGAGUGGGCACAGCAGUUUCACUGCUGCGGACCACACAGGAGAUCGGCCCACGGAUGAAGGAGGUGAGGGUGAAUGUGAUGAUGGAGGAGGUAAGUGCUGACGUGGUAACCGACCCAGCUCUCUCCAAGGAGCUGCACGCAGCGGCCAGCAGCACCGACAAGACUCUCAAGAUCUACGAGGGCUCCUGGCACGGACUCACUUCUGGGGAGCCUGACGAUGUGAUCGAAAAGGUGAUAGCGGAUAUUGUUGCGUGGAUUGCUGCGCGCAGCAGCGCUGCUACGGUGGAUUUGAAUGCGGUGAAUGAGAAGCUACUGGAGCCGCCUUUUAAGGGGGAUACUGUAAAGGAGAGGAACGGUGUGAAAAGACCGGCGGAAAUCGUGGUGCUGGUGCGUGAAACUUCAGCGAACAAUCCCCUUGCUCAAGCUGCCGAAAGCCCUGACGGUUCUGCAGACGACGAACUCGCUCGUCGCGCUGAAGGUCUGCUGAGAGGCAGUGCGGACAUUGAUGUCGCGUCGGCAGCCGCACGCGCGCCGUCGGUGAGCAUCUGUGGUCCGCUUGUUUCUCUGGGGGGUUACACGGACGAUGUUUUGAAUGCGGAUGGUAGCGACAGAAGUUGUCGCAGUGCGACGGGUGACGGUGCUCGCGAGGCAGAUGGCGAUGGGAGAGCAAGUCGCAGACCGGGGGGAGAUGAUUGUGACUCCGCGGAGCGGGGGGGGGUGCAAGGCGGAACGGCAGACGGCGGGGGAGCAGCGGAAGGUGAAGCAGCGGAGGGAAGAGCAAGUGGAGCAGCGGAGGGGGAGCUGGCAGCGGCGGAUGUCGGGGAAGCGCAAGGCGCAGAAGAGGGCGGGAGGUCUUGGUGGGGAAGGGUGACCGGGGGAAGACUGGGGAAGCGACGGGUUUCCACGGAAGUGUCGCCGCCACGUGGCAGCAGCUCACUGGAGGCUGUUUUCAACGGAGUCAACGUGCUGACGGGCAUCGGAAUUCUCACCACGCCCUACGCGCUCGCCCAAGCGGGCUGGUUAGGCUUGCUCGUUCUGUCCGCCACGUCCCUCCUCUACCUCCUCACCGCCCGCCUCCUCCGUGCCUGCAUGGACCACACACCAUCCACCGAUCCCCACUCCCCUGAUACAAGUAUCCACACCUCGACUGGAAGCAGCCACGCCUCCACCACCGCACCCUACACCUCCGCAACUUCUCCCCACACCUCCGCCACUGCACUCCACGCCUCCACGAUCACCACCUUCCCCGACAUAGGCGCGGCAGCGUUCGGCCGCACAGGGCGCAUACUUACAUCUCUGGUGCUCUACGGGGAGCUCUUCGCCGUGUCCGUCGAGCUGCUCAUCCUCGAAGGCGACUCCCUCGCCUUCCUCUUCCCCUCCUUCGCCCCGCACGGCCUCAGUCUUGGCCCCUCCCUCCGCCUGUCCGCCAACCAGGUGUUUCUGAUCAUCGCAGCACUGAUUAUGCUGCCCACAGUGUGGCUCAGAGAGAUGUCUCUGCUCGCGUAUGUGUCCGUGUCUGGGCUGCUUGCUGCGCUGGUCACAGUGGUGGUGUUUCUGAUCAUCGCAGCACUGAUUAUGCUGCCCACAGUGUGGCUCAGAGAGAUGUCUCUGCUCGCGUAUGUGUCCGUGUCUGGGCUGCUUGCUGCGCUGGUCACAGUGGUGGUGUUUCUGAUCAUCGCUGCGCUGAUCGUGCUGCCAACAGUGUGGUUACGAAAGAUGUCUUUGCUCGCGUAUGUGUCCGUGGGAGGGCUGCUCGCAGCGCUGGUCACGGUGGUGGGAGUGGCGUGGGUGGCGGCGAUGGGGGCGGACGAUGCAGGCUCUGCUGCUGCUUCUGCUUCUUCAACCGCAGCAGCAGCAGCAGCGGCAGCAGUGCAAGGGGAAUCGGCGUUGCUGCGGGUGCAGGGAAUACCAGUGGCGAUGGGGAUAUUUGGGUUCUGCUUCUCAGGGCAUGCAGUCUUCCCCACCAUCUACCGCUCCAUGGACAAGCCACAGCACUACAACCGGGUGAGUGGGCGAGUGAGUGAGGCAGAGAGUAAAGAGUGGUGCAUUGAGUCGGGGCAUGCUGUGUUCCCCACCAUCUACCGCUCUAUGGACAAGCCACAGCACCGGGUGAGGCAUGCUGUCUUCCCCACCAUCUACCGCUCCAUGGACAAGCCCCAGCACUUCAACUGGCCCCAGCACUAUAACCGGGUGAGUGGGCGAGUGUGUAUCGAUACUGGUGCGGCACUUGUGCGUAUUACAGGUUCUGUAACCCCCUGUUUUGGGUUCUGCUUGUCGGGCCAUGCUGUGUUCCCCACCAUCUACCGCUCCAUGGACAAGCCACAGCACUUCAACUGGGUGCUCCUCAUCUGGUUCACUGUCUGCACAUGCAUAUACGGCGGCAUUGCCAUUCUCGGCUAUUCCAUGUACGGACAAGCCACUGCCGCCCAGAUUACCCUCAACCUGCCGCCCGCCCUCACACCAUCCCGCAUAGUCCUAUGGACCACCAUCAUCUCUCCCCUCACCAAAUUCGCCAUCACCAUCACCCCCGUCGCGCUCGCCCUCGAAUCCUCCGUCUCCUCCCUCCUCUCCAACCUCUCCCCUCCCAGCCUCGCCUCCUGUACCCCUUACUGCAUGCCCCGCUUCAAGCACAGAGGCUGCAGCUGCAACUGCAAGCACACUGCGCUCUGUCUCUCCUGGCUCUCAUCUCUCCCGGGCUUUAACUGGGUGAGGGUCAGCAGCAAGACAGUUGUUUCCCUAACUGUGAGGACUCUACUGGUGGUGCUGGUGGCAGCGGCGGGGUUACUGCUUCCAUUCUUCGCCCUGGUCAUGACUCUCACAGGCUCUCUCCUCAGCAUCUCCAUCUCUUUGCUCCUCCCCACGGCCUGCCACCUCAGCAUUAAGUGGCGCCAGCUGUCGCGUGCGUCGGUUGCGUGCCACGUGGCGAUUCUCCUGGGAGGGACAGCGGCGGCUGUAACGGGGACGGUUUAUGCUGUCAGGGGGAUAGCUGCUGGUGGUGGUGGGUCGCAUUAG